CGGAGGCCGCGAGAGGAGACGGGGAGCAUGGCUGUGGCGGCGCUGCCUCUCUGGGUGCUAACGAGUCUCACCUGGGCGAGCGUGCUCCAGGUGUCCGCCAACAGACACUCGGUUUACUGGAACAGCUCCAACAUACAUUUGCGCAGGGAGGGCUACACAAUGCAGGUGAACGUCAACGACUACCUGGACAUCUACUGCCCUCAUUACAACGACAGCCAGCGCAUGGUCGGCACCGGGGAGCAGUACGUCCUCUACAUGGUCAGCUACCGUGGCUACAGGAACUGCGACCCCCAGCUGGGCUUCAAGAGGUGGGAGUGUAACCGGCCUCACGCCCCCAUCAAGUUCUCAGAGAAGUUCCAGCGCUACAGCGCCUUCUCGCUGGGCUACGAGUUCACGGUGGGACAGGAGUACUAUUACAUCUCCACGCCCACCCAUCACCACGGCCGCAGCUGCCUGAGACUACGAGUGUACGUCUGCUGCUCCACGGCCUCUGACGUGGACAAUGAGCCAGAGCCCACAGAACCAGACUACACACUCAGGCCAGGCCUAAAAAUGGAUGAUAUUGAUGAAUUUAACCCUUUCGUUCCCAAGCUGGAGAAGAGCGUCAGUGGAAGCAGUCCGUCCAGGGAUCGCCUUCUCCUCACCGUGACGACGCUCCUCCUGGCCCUCCUCUUCAUCUCCUAGCAACGGCCAUCCCAUCAGCGUCACCAUGCCAACUAGCCUUGGGAGGCUGUACAGUACCAGUGGGUGGGAGAGGAGGGGGCGGGGGGGUCAGGAGAGGAGAGUUAGGAUACUUCAAAUAGAGCAGAAAGCAAAGAGGAGCGAGAGUUUGAAACAAGAGUUUUCAAGCAUCGAAGUGUGAAUGUGUGUUUGUACGUGCGUGUUUGUACGUGUGUGUGUGUGUGUGUUUGUGCAGCUGUGCGUUUGAUGGACUGUGUUUUUGGUGGACUUGAAAGACCUUUGGUUGCUCUGUGUCACAGACUGAACUCUAUGUUGCAUUGAAGUCAGCCUGUGCACACAGAUGCAGGUUUGGUAGAUGGAGUGUGUGUGUGUGUCUGUGUGUGUGUCUGUGUGUGUGUCUGUGUGUGUCUGUGUGUGUGUGUGUGUGUGAGAGAACAGGCCACAGGCUGAGCUUGUUGAAUCAUGCACACCAAACAAGCAUUUAUAGAACUUUAGCGGGGCGGGGCUGAAAUCCUAAUUUGAGAAAAAUAAAAUAAAGAAAAAAAGGUACGUCGAGGCAACAUAUGAAGAUUUUACCCGGGAUCUGAUUGGCUAAAACACUUCCUUAGGGCUAGUUGCCAUAGUUUCUUGCAGCAAGACCUCAAACUGAACUCCUAUGAACUGAAUGAAAUAGAUUUCAGUAGAAUUGAACUGAAAUUGCCUUUUUUUCUUUUUUGCAUUAAUGUUAUUGAUCUUGAUGCUGGGAACUGUCCCAGUCCACAGAGGGAACAAAAAAUGAACAAGCGGACAAACUGGGCUGAACCUGCAUCGAAGUAGGCAACAGGUCACUCCACGGACUACAGACCACCAGUGUUUUAGUUGCCAUCUCCACCCCCCCCCCCGUGUCUCAUCCUGUGUUCACCAUCAGUCUCUAGAAGGCAGCAGGACUGGACGGGGCCCAGGAGGAAAUUCAGAGCGUUUUCAACAAUUAAUCAUUCACUUAAAUGUCGUUUUUGGGGGUGGGGGGUUGGGG